AUUAUCACCCCGUUCAGGACCAAAAAAACCACAGGACUCAAGGGGGCCACAGCCCUGAUUUGGGGAGCCAGGCUUGUCUUGGCCGGAAGGCGGCUCAGCUGGUUCAUUCCAUCGGCCUGGACUGGUGCAUCUGAGUCACAAGAGCCAUCUCCAGGUUUGCUGGCAUGGGAAACCUGCUCAAAGUCCUCACCAGAGAGAUCGAAAACUACCCGCAUUUCUUCCUGGAUUUUGAAAAUGCCCAGCCCACCGAAGGAGAGAGGGAAGUGUGGAACCAGAUCAGCGCCGUCCUCCAGGACUCCGAGAGCAUCCUCGCGGACCUGCAGGCCUACAAGGGCGCGGGGCCGGAGAUCCGAGACGCGAUUCAAAACCCCAAUGAUAUCCAGCUUCAAGAAAAAGCUUGGAAUGCAGUGUGUCCUCUGGUCGUGAGGCUAAAGAGGUUCUAUGAGUUCUCCAUAAGGCUAGAAAAAGCUCUCCAGAGUUUACUAGAAUCUCUGACCUGUCCACCCUACACGCCAACCCAACACCUGGAGCGGGAGCAGGCCCUGGCCAAGGAGUUUGCGGAAAUUCUGCAUUUCACCCUGCGGUUCGAUGAGCUGAAGAUGAGGAACCCGGCUAUUCAGAAUGACUUCAGCUACUACAGGAGGACGAUAAGUCGCAAUCGCAUUAACAACAUGCACCUAGACAUUGAGAAUGAAGUCAAUAAUGAGAUGGCCAAUCGAAUGUCCCUCUUCUACGCGGAAGCCACGCCCAUGCUGAAAACCCUUAGCAACGCCACCAUGCACUUUGUCUCCGAAAACAAAACCCUGCCGAUAGAGAACACCACGGACUGCCUCAGCACGAUGACGAGCGUCUGCAAGGUCAUGCUGGAGACACCGGAGUACAGGAGCAGGUUUACCAGCGAGGAAACGCUGAUGUUCUGCAUGCGGGUGAUGGUGGGGGUCAUCAUCCUCUAUGACCACGUCCACCCUGUGGGCGCCUUCUGCAAGACGUCCAAGAUCGAUAUGAAAGGCUGCAUAAAGGUUUUGAAGGAGCAGGCCCCGGACAGUGUGGAGGGGCUGCUGAAUGCCCUCAGGUUCACUACAAAGCACUUGAAUGAUGAAUCGACUUCCAAACAGAUUCGAGCGAUGCUCCAGUAAAGCUCUGCUCCAAGAAGAGGAUCUAUGUACUGACCUCAGAAGAUGUAUAUGUUUACAUAAUUUAAUACAGAUUGAUGUUAAUACUUGUGUAUUUACAUAACCGUUUCCUUCUUGUCACCGAAAUAUAUGGACCUUAAUUUGUAUCCUGACUGACUCGACCCAGCAGAGCAUAAAUUGACUUGAGAGCCUUACCUUUGAUGUCUAAAACAGAACCCCCCCCCCUCCAAAGGCAAAAACGUGGAGACUUUGAACUUUGCCACUGGAGUCCUGUAACUAGACCUGUAACAAUCAGCAAUUGCUAAUAGUUUGUGGUAGUGUUUAAAUUCUAGAUGCGUACGCUCUCUGGGAAGCAUAGCUGUAGAAACGCAAAGUGUUUGAUUUCCUGUGUCGGCUCAGCUGCGAGAAACAUGACGGGUGUCCUUCCGGAGGGAGAGAGGAAUUCCGAAAAAGAAAAAGGUGUGCAGUGAUUCCAGCCCGAGCACGUGGAACUUGGCGCGCCCCUUCUCUUCCCCGAGACUGCAAAGCACACGUGCAGCCUUUCUGCUUGCAGGUGUUUUGUCCGUCAGCGUGUCCCCUUUCCGUCUGGGUUUAGGUCCCCCUGAAGUUCCCUUGCAGUGUUGCAAGAGGAACGUCGCCUCUGCUUAAAUCGGUUAGUGGGAGAGAUGCGAGGGUAAGCGUGCUGUUGUAGGUGGGCUGAGGAAGGUGGUUGUCUUGGAAGUGGGGGGCAAGUUGGGAGGGAGGAAGGGUACCCAAGCAGCAGGACAGUCAUCUCUCCGCUUCCACCCUCUGUCCACAGGGACAAGGAGAUGGGGCUCUGGUUUUUGAAACUGUGGGUGAGUUUGCAGACAUCCCAGCAGUUCGCGUGGCGUGGGUCACCCAGCCCCUCCUAACAGGAGCUUGUUCUCUGGGGACCAUUCAGGUGACAACAGAGGUCUGGGGUACUUCACUAAUCAUCAGAAAACCAAUUUGGGGGGGAGGGAAAUAUCAUUUUCUGGUUACCUGGCCUUUAAAACGCAACUCCUCCCUGAGCCCACUGCUAGCUUGUUGCAAUGUGUAAAGCCUGGUCAGAGACUCUGGGUUUCAUUCUAGCCCUACUGAUUCCCAGUGUGAUCUUGGGAAAUUCACCUAAGCUCUGUCUCACCUUUCUCUUCUGUAAAAUGGACAUUGGAAACGGACGAUUUCCGAGAGCCCUCUAAGGCUAUGUAUGAGUCAUUCAAAGGACCGGCUCCUACGCCCUUCCUUAGCAAGUAGAAUCCCACCUUGUCCUGAUGAUUUACAAUAUGACCAGGCCUAGAGUCACUCUGUCUGAAGAUCAGAGCUUAGAAUGACGUCGUGGAAAUCGGCUCUCCAGUGGAACAAGUGAGAUGGUGGGCAAAGUCAAUUAGAGACCCCUGCUCCAAUGUAGGGCCGGAACCCAGGAUGCCUCGCUCCGGACUUCAUGCUUUCUGUUUCACAACAUGGCCCACGCUUACCUACCAUGGGAACAGACCGGAUGCUUUAAAAAUAAGCCCUCAGUCUGACUGAUAUGAUGACUUACCUAUUUCUGAUAGACAGGAAGGCUUACCCAGUGAACGAUCAUUCCAGAAGUCGGGUUUGGGUACAUUCGAGCGUGGCGUCAUUCACAAAUGUCCCAAGAAAUGAGUGAGCUGUCACACCAUUGCUUUCUAAAUUUAGUGGCCAGCUGGCAUUCCCCUGAGUCCUCCAAGAAAGGGGGAGACAUGCAUUUGUUUUGUUUUAUUUACAACAAAGAAAUCCAGCCAAGUGGAAGAACAGAUUCUGCGGUCUGCAUCAAAAUGUCAGUCAACAGAGGAAGGGGGAGACCCUGGUCCCUCAAACUUUUCAAACUGAACCGGAGCAGCUGCUGGGAUGCAAUGUUCUCCAGAACAGAAAUGUGCUGGGUGGCCCUCAGGACCUUUUCCAGCCUAGGGACUCUAAAAUCCCUAGGCAACCGUGGGCGAACCACUUUAUUGUUGAAAUAAACAUUCAGCUUAAGAAAAGUUCUUGCUUCUGGCAGCCACAUGUUAUCCUUGGGUGACAACUGUCCAGACUCGAAAUACAGAGGCCCUGAAUGUUUAUCAUCAGUGGGUCCGUGUUCCUCCUUUAUCAGGAAAGAAGAUUGAGUCUUGGAAAGAGGAAUGGACUUGUGGAGUAAAUCACUGAGCACGUUUAUAAUUUUUAAUUAGACUUUCUAUCUGAUGGGACCAAAUACAUGGGAGGGGCUGCUGGCCUGCCCCAACUGAGCCAGGUCAUCUGAUCUCGGAGCCAAGACACAGUCACCAGUGUACAGAUUCUCAAAAGCCCAGGGUCUGAACUGGUGCCUCUGAAUACCAGGACAGGUUAACUGAGUGUCUGUGAUCACUGACAGGUGGCGGGCCUUGGGUCCGCUCCAGGCUAUUGUGGGAGACAAACUCUUUUAACAGAUUGUCCUGCAGGCGUCAGGGACCCUUGACCAGUCAUGCUUCUGUGCUGCGUGCACAUGUGUCCGAGACCCAUGGGUGGUUUAGGGGAAAAGCGCUGGUGACAGUAUCCGUGUCAAUGUCAGUGAUAUUUCACAUUUGACGUCUCGCCGUUUUCAAAUAAGCAGCAUUUUCCAUUACUCAGCUAUUUAUUUGGGGGGGCAAGCAACAGAAUGAAAUUACAUCUCUUAGAACCACUGCUGUUUUCGCACUAUACCUUUGUUCUCGGAAAUCUUUCAUGUGCCACAAGGAAUUGGUAGUAAAAGAGGAAAAAAAAAAAGAAGUGGCAAUAAAUGUUUGAAUUGUGGUGACCCAUUCAGGCUGACAGAUUCAUUAUCGACCAGAAAGAAAGUCUUGGAUACUAUCUUUAACUACUACUUAAUAUCAUGCUUAAACAAGGUUUGUUCCUAGACAUCAUUGUUAUGUUGAGGUAUUAAUGGUAAACUGAAGUUUUUGAUACAUCAUCACAUUUAAGUAAAAGAUAAUUUCGUGCUUCCUCGAAAGGAAAAUAAAACCUACUCAAUUCUGGAAUCCAGUUGUCUAGUAGAAUUUAGAGAACUCUCAUUCAAUCUUGUAUUCUAGAGAGCUGUUAGUUUUUAUCGAUGUUAAUAAUCAAUGUUGAAACUUUAUCUUCAAGAAACAAACACGUUGAAGCUCAGUUUCCCCACUUCAUCUAUAAAGGCCACCGCAUACACAAAGCUCUUUUAAAGUUGUCAUGUAUUGUUUGCUAAAGUCACUGUAAUUUUUUUUUGGCCUGCUUUGCCACUUUUUGUACAGAAGUUUUGGGUGUGAAAUGAAAAUUAAAGUUUGGUACAUAUAUUUAAAAACAUAUCUUUAUUUUACAUGAUGUUCAAGAUUGAGGGGGCGAAAGCACGUGACCAGAGGUGCGUGCCAAACAGAUGUUUGCUGAAUGUCUGUUCCGGGCACCAGGAAACCACACCAUCUGCCCUUGACUUCUCUGUACCUCGGUUUCUUCAUAUACAACACGAAACACCCAAAAGGUUACUGCUCUUGGUAUCAGCCCUAUCUUACUCAUUUCAGCAAAGACUCCUCACUAGGAAAAAAAAAAACAUAAGAUGGAGACUUGAUUGAUGUCUAGAAAUGCAUGAGACAUACUUGUCCAAGGAGGCUAAGAAACCCUAAUAAAUGCUCUUUCAGUCAUUCUGUGAAGCACUGUAGCACUUGAUGAAUUUGGCAAAGUUGGCUAGUAACCUAGUGCUUGUAAGUACAGUUUUUUUCAGGCAACUUUAUCUCUAAAGUGAUCCUCUUGAAUAUUGAACAUUGAAACUGUCCUAGGGCAUUACUUUUAAUGCCUGUACCUUUUAAGCUGAUCACCUGAGACCUAAUUAUGUGUCAUCAUCAUAGGUCAGGGUUUCCAAGAAAAGCCUAUGAUGUUCUGUACAAAAGACAAAGAAAUGAAUAGAAAUGGGACAUUUUCUAUAAACUGACAUAUGGACAAGUUAUAAGUGGGCAAAAGCUGGAAGAGACAGAGAGAGAGAGAGAGAGAGAGAGAGAUCCUAGUUAAAUGAGUGU